GAUCAAAAAAACCAAAUUUAUAAUUCCACGGAAAAAAGUAUAAAUCCACAAUUAAACGAUUUCCCGAUAGGAUACUUGGUCGAAGGCAAAGGCAUACAUUUAGGCCUAGGUGAAUGGAUGGACGAAGAAACGCAUGCUAGUUUAAUAGCGGACUCUACAAGUCCAAGCAUGUUCGUUGGUAACAUCCUUUUAUCCGUUUUCAAGAAGAGUGUGCUAUUAGUCAGUACACUAACUGGUCGUACAACCAACCGUAAAGGAAAAGAUAAGAAACUUGCUGAAAAAUAUAAUCUCGAUAACCAAGAGUUGGAAGAUGAUAACGAUGACGAAGAAGUGAAUAACAAGGAGAAUCACGUUAAUAAAUUGGAUUCCAAAAAGGUUAAUGCUUGCAAAGCAUAUUAUAUACAUUGGUUAGAACAUUACUAUGAACAAGAACUGACAAAAAGGCAAAUGAAGACAUACAACCGUUCUGAACAAAUAGCCAAUUUUAAAGAGUAUAUAACUAAGAAAAUUUCAAACCUGAAACCACCAAAAGCAUCAAAACCAAAAAAAAAUCAGAAAUACCACGUAAUCCUUUAGAUGAUACUUUUGAGUUUGUAUCACCUUCAGAUUUUCCUAAAUCUCAGAAUAGUUUCAGUCUCGAUCCCUUAACAACUGUGGAAACAGAAGAGAAAGGUGCUGAUAACGUAGAAAAUAUGUUUGAUGAAGACCUAUUGGUAUCUUCUUCUGAUGAAGAAUCAUAGAUUUAUAUUUUAUUUUACAGUGGGUCAAAGGAUGUGUGGGUAUAUUAAACCACACUCACCCUCGACCUUCUCUAUUUAACUUUUAUUUCCUAUUGUUCAUUUAUUUUUAAGUAAAUAUUUAUUUAUUUAAUAUUUAUUAUUUUUAAUG